AUGGCUGAGGGCAUCGAGCUGAUGAACAGGCUCGUGAGCGAGAACGCGGACCUCAGGAAGCAGGUGCGCCUCGUGAAGGCGAACCAGAUGCUGAAGCGGCUGCUCAGUGCGAGCUGCCAGGAGGGCUGUGGGCGCGGGGGCCGCGACCUGCUCAUCCCCAAGGCGCCUGCCUACCCCGAGGCCUGCUCCCCUCGCGGUGCAGUUCCAGAUUUUGGAAGGUUCAACAGCGGCCCUGAUGCGCCCUCCCAGCUGCAGGUGUCUUCCCUGGAGGACCUGCUGUGCUCACACGCCCCCCUCUCCAGAGAGGACGAUGCCUCCCCGGGCUGUGCGACCUCUUCCCAGGUGUCCUUCAAGGCUUUCCUCAGCUCCCCGGAGCUGUCUGCGCCCCGCGGCUCUGACUGGAAGCUGUCCCCGCUCCUGAGUCCCUUGCAAGACCUGCUGGCGGACAAGAGUCUGCUGGAGCCCAGGGAGGUGGACAACUGGCUGCAGGUGUGCUUCUGCUCCCUCCAGAGCAGCCUGCCCUCCGGGGACAGGACCAGAAGGAACUUCUACCUUAACGAGAUCCAGAGCUUUGCCGGCACCGAGAAGGACGGGCGCAUCGCUGGGGACAUCGCCUUCCAGCUGGACCGGCGCAUCCUGGCCUAUGUCUUCCCAGUGACCCGGCUCUAUGGCUUCACUGUGUCCAACAUCCCUGAGAAGAUCAAGCAGACGUCCAUCAGGUCCCUGGACGGCUCAGUGGACGAGAAGAAGCGGCGAGAGCUGACGCGCCGCUGCCUGACGCUGACGGCGCGCCUGCAGAGGCUGGGCUACGACCGCCACGUGCCCCCCCCCCCCGUGUUCAGCGAGUUCCUCAUCAACACCUACGGCAUCCUGAAGCAGCGGCCCGACCUGCGCGCCACCCCGUCGCACAGCAGCCCGGCCGCCCUGCGCAAGUUGAUCAUCGACGUCGUGCCCCCCAAGUUCCUGGGUGACUCGCUGCUUCUGCUCAACUGCCUGUGCGAGCUCUCCAAGGAGGACGGCCGCCCGCUCUUCGCCUGGUGA